UCACUGCUGGGCACUGACUGGCAGCACUGACUGGCACAACCCCUGGGCACUGACUGGCAGCACUGCUGGGCUGCACUGGUGGGCAGCACUGAUGGGUGGGCACAGGUGGGGUGGCACUGGUGGGUACAGGUGGGUGGGCACAGGUAGGUGGCACUUCUGGGCACAGGUGUGUGACACUGCAGAGUGGCACAGGUGGGUGCACUGCUGGGCACAGGUGGGUGCACUGCUGGGCACAGGUGGGCGGAACUUGCGGGUGGCACUGCUGGGCACCGAUCAUCAGGGCACUGAUCAUCAGUGCCCUGAUGAUCGGUGCCAAUCCCCGCUCUGACAACUGCCGGUUCUCGGCAGUACUUUCCUCACGAUCUGACAGCGUGAGGAAAGUGCAGCCGAGAACCGGCACUUGCAU